AUGAUUCCAUGGCGUUUAAUUCGAUCAGCUCUCCUACUCUUCCUCUCUGUGCUACUUCUGAUUCAAUUUCUCAGGUAUAUGGGACAUUAUUUUUCAAAUGAUAAGCCAUAUAAAGUGGUCUCAAAUUUCCGUCCGCCUCCUAAUCAUUUCAACUUGCCUGAGAAUAAUCAACCAGAUUAUUGGAAAUUACCAUUGAAUGAAAACAUACAGGUCAGUUAUCGUGUUCAUGGAUUCUAUUAUGCAUGGUAUGAUGCACCAAAGAUAUCAUCGAACAAUAAGCAUUACUCAACAAACGAUAUAAUGAAUAACAACAAUUGGACACAUUGGAAUCAUCCACGUUUACGACAUUGGAAUGCAAAAGUUGCUAUUGGUUAUUCAACUGAACCGCAUUAUCCACCCUAUUUAAUUGCAUCAUCUUUUUAUCCAAAAUUAGGACCAUAUUCAUCAAAAAGUCAAAGUAUUAUUCAUAGUCAUAUGAAAAUGGUUAAAUUUGCUGGUAUUGGUGUUCUAGUUGUUUCAUGGUAUCCACCAGGAAUGGCAGAUGAUAAUGGCAAACCAGUGGAUGAUUUAAUAUUGCCAUUAUUAAACAUAGCGAAUAAGUAUGCAAUAAAGAUUUGUUUACAUUUGGAACCUUAUGCGAAACGAGAUAUCAGCACAAUUGUCAGAGAUUUAAAGUAUAUACAUACGAAAGGAUACACAUCUCAUCCAGCGUAUUAUCGUGUUCUUGUUGAGUCUGAUACCAAUCCAAGCGUCACUUUACCGGUGGUUUAUGUGUAUGAUUCUUAUAGAAUAAAGCCAUCACAAUGGAAACAAAUUCUACAGCCUGGUGAAGAAGCCACAAAUGAUUGUAAAAGCCUUUCUGAAUCUGGAUUCAACGGUGGUUAUACUUAUUUCGUUGGUCAUAAAAUAUCUGAAGCCAGUUCUCCUGAUGUAUGGAGUAAUUUAAAGCAACAAUGUUCAGAAUACAAGGUUGGCUUUUAUCCCAGUGUUGGUCCAGGUUAUCAUGAUUUAUCAGUUCGUCCAUGGAAUGGUGCAGCCAGUAAAGAACGUGAAUCUGGAGAUACUUAUGUUAGAGUAUUCAAUCAAGCAUUGAAUAGUCAACCAGAUGGUAUAGGCAUAGUAUCUUUUAAUGAAUGGCAUGAAGGUACACAAAUAGAACCAGCCAAACCUUUCAAAUGGUCUGGUUAUCUAACAGAAUCAAGGGUAUACAUGGAUUAUACACCUUAUAGUCCAGAAUUUUAUUUGCGUUUAACACGUUUACUUGUCAAUAAAUAUGAACAUUAUACUAAUUUACCAGCAUACUACAGACAGACAAAUGAAAGUGAACUUCAAGAAUUAGAUUCAUUGAUAACCAAUGAAGGUUAUGUUCAACAAAAUUUACCUUGA